GUGGAAACUCUGGGUUGGGUUCACACUGAAUAACAUAAAUCAUAUAAAUACUUCGGUAAAAUAAAUCCAAUGAUACCGAGAGCUGCUUUAUCAUGGAGUUCGAUCUGGGGUCAGCUGUUGGAGGUGAAGAAGGAGAGCUAAAGAAGGCAGAGGGCCAAGAGGUGGAGGGCAUCUUUGGCUUUGGAAAAAAAGACAAGGACAAAGAGAAGGAGAAAGAAGAUAAAGAUAAAGAGAGCAAAGUCAAAGAACUCAAAGAUAAAGAAUGCACAGACAAGAGUGACUGCAAAGAAAAAGACAAAGAUAAGGACAAGGAGAAGUCUAAAAAGAAAGACAAGAAGAAAGAUAAAGAACACAAAAAGGGUCACGGCCAUGGUCAUGGGCGUGGACACGGCCGGGGACGUGGUCGGGGACACAGGUCUUCCUCUUCAUCCAGUGAUGAGCUCUUUAUGAGAAAUUUGAAGGAUACGCAUAAAGGUAUUGGCCAAAGGAAUACCUUCAGGUACCUUAUUCUAAAUGAACUGGCAGUGCAAAACAAGCAGAUUUGAAUCAACAAAACGAUUGAACCUCCUAAAACACUACAGAUUGCAACAUGGGGAUUUUAGUCGAAACCUGUCCAUACCCUGACUCCAUACUGAUUGUCCUUGUACCUUUAAGACCUGGGGUGCAUCAAGGACACAUUUGUCCAGGUUUCAUCCUCACACCACUGAAACUGUCCACCUCCUUGAAUUUACAUGCAUAAUAUGUAAUUCAUGUUUAAAGUGGUUUGGUUUGUGUUUCAAUUUCUCCUAGUUUUGUUCAUGUUGACCCUGUCAAACCACACCUGCAACUCACCUGUCGAGACCCAUGGGCUCUUUUGUACUUUCAUUGGUCAGUGUUUAAUAUAAAAAAAAUGAAAUGCAUGUUUGUGUCCUCAUAGCAUGUCAAUCCACAGAGGUAAAUGUGAUCGGCCUUUCAUUACAGAUCUAGUGUUGCAACCAUUGCAGCACCACAAUGCAUUGGAUAAUAAUUGCUUAUUGUUUGAAAGGACAAAAUGUUAUAGUUGUAAGUAUAGGAAAUGUUGAUUUUAAUGUAUAUUCUGACAUCCAGUAAAGACAUAAGUUUGUUUUUAAUUAAAACUUUUCAUGAAUUUGUAAUGUGAACAAUAGUUGUAAUUCAACUUGAAUGUAGAAGAGCUCUUUUGUACUUUUGAGCAUUAGUGUUUAAUGUUUAAAAGAUGAAAUGUUUGUGUCAGCAGUCCAUGUUUAUUUUGAAAUGUACGAUUUUCAAGGAGUAAUUUGUAAAAGUGAAGUGGUAUGUCAUUAGAAACUGAAUGUAAGAGGAUUUCGGU